AUGUUAUCUAAAAGAUUACUGAAUUUGACGUCUGGAAGCAAUCGUUUCUUUUUCUCUUCAAGUUUAGUCUUGAAGAAGCAAUCCAAAGUGAAUAAUAAAAGCAAUUCAAACAACAAAAACAACGAUAAAACUAACAAUAACACAGAUACAGAAGGAACCAUUGAUCCAUUUAUUUAUUUAAAAGAUGCAAAUGAACGUUUUAAAGCAACUGUUGAAGCACAUGGUAAAAAACUAAACGAAAUGAAACAAGGUAAAGCCAACCCUAGUAUCUUUAACAACUUGGUUCUAGCAGAUGGUUCGAAAUUUUUAGAUGUUGCUUCGACAACUUUGAAAGGUAAAAACUCAUUAAUAGUUACUGUGUUUGACCCAAAUAAUACUAAAAAUGUCAUUAGUACGAUAAUGGCUGCUGGCUUAAACCUGAAUCCCGAAAAAGAUGCUAACAAUGAUCAAUUGUUAAAGGUUCUAUUACCUCCACCUACAACUGAAUCAAGAUUACAACUAUGCAAAGAAAUGAAACAGGUAUUUGAAAACUAUAAGAAUUCACAAUCUAAACAAUCCUUAGGUUUUAUUAGGGGUGAAGUGUUGAAGCAAUUGAAGGGAUUUGAUAAAAAGAAUGAUUCUGUAAGAAAAGUGUUGCAAGAUCUUGAUAAAACUCACAAGGAAUUUACAACUAAAUUACAAGAACAAUUGAAGCAGGCUGAAAAAAGUCUCCUAAGUUAG